AUGGAAUCCAUCAAACAAGGAAGCUCGGAAACCUCAAGUGAAGAGAGUGAUCACCUUGAACAAGUCAGAGACGACACGGGCAGUAGGCGCUCCUAUGAAUGCACAUUCUGCAAGCGAGGCUUCACCAAUGCUCAGGCCUUGGGAGGGCAUAUGAACAUACACCGGAAAGAUCGAGCCAAGGCCAAGCAACUCACAAGCUCUUCUUCAUAUUCAAACAAAUCCAACGAGGAUUGCAUCCCCUCUAGAUAUAUUUCACCAGUAUCACACGAACCAUCAGAGUAUUUCAAAGUUUUAGAGGCUCAAAGACAAAGGAAUUGUCAUAUUUAUUUUCAGCCAUCAUCGGCAUCUAGCCCUAGACACCCACAUACUAAUUUCCAUCAAAGUGAUUUUAUUGCUUCAAGGUCCCAGUCCUUGAGUAUGAACCAGGACCUUUUCGGUGUAAAUUUGAGCCUGCAAAUUGGCCCCAUGCAUGUAGAAGAUGAUGGAAUGAAGAGGGCAGUUAGCGAAGCUGAUGAAUUGGAUUUGGAGCUUCGACUAGGUCAUGAUCCAUAUUGA